AAAGAAAUAUAAUGUCAUACAUGUUAAGUUUAUGAUAUAUUUAUGCUUCUAGGAAGCUGAGAAACUUUGAGCAUCCCCCAUCCUUAACUGACAUUGAUUUUCAUGUAUGCUUUCUCAAAUCACUCUUACUCUUCAGUGCAAGAAUCACAGCCACAGCCCCCACCCUCCAGGGUUUGGUCGACACGGCGUCUGCGCACACGGAGACAAAGAACUUGCCAAGGCGAGAGAGAUUAUUCCUCUUAUAGAGGACUCCAGUAACUGUGACAUUGUAAAAGCCACUCAAUAUGGAAUUUUUGAACGAUGUAAAGAGUUAGUGGAUGCAGGAUAUGAUGUCCGACAACCGGACAAAGAAAAUGUGUCACUUCUUCAUUGGGCUGCUAUUAACAACAGGCUGGAUCUUGUAAGAUUUUAUAUUUCAAGAGGUGCUGUUGUAGAUCAAUUGGGUGGAGAUUUAAAUUCAACUCCUCUGCACUGGGCCAUCCGACAAGGGCAUUUACCUAUGGUCAUAUUAUUAAUUCAGCAUGGUGCAGACCCAGCUCUCAUUGAUGGAGAGGGAUUCAGCAGUAUUCACCUGGCAGUUUUAUUUCAACACAUGCCUAUUAUAGCAUAUCUCAUCUCAAAGGGACAGAGCGUGAAUAUGACAGAUGUAAAUGGGCAGACACCUCUUAUGUUAUCAGCUCAAAAAGUAAUUGGGCCAGAACCCACUGGAUUUCUUUUAAAAUUUAAUCCUUCACUCAGUGUGGUUGACAAAAUCCACCAAAACACUCCACUUCAUUGGGCAGUUGCAGCAGGAAAUGUGAAUGCAGUUCAUAAACUUUUGGAGGCUGGUUCUAGCCUGGAUAUCCGAAACGUUAAGGGAGAAACACCUCUUGAUGUGGCUCUACAAAACAAAAAUCGUCUCAUUAUUCACAUGCUGAGAACAGAAGCCAAGAUGAGAGCCAACCAAAAGUUCAGACUCUGGCGGUGGCUACAGAAAUGCGAGCUGUUCCUGCUGCUGCUGCUGUCUGUGAUUACCAUGUGGGCUGUUGGAUACAUAUUGGACCACAAUUCAGACUCUUGGCUUUAAGGAUGUCUUCUAGUGACAUUAUUUUUUCUGACAUCUUUGUUUCCGAGGUUUUUGGUUGGAUAUAAGAACCUUGUAUACUUACCAACAGUCUUUCUCCUAAGUUCCAUUUUUUGGAUAUUUAUGACUUGGUUCAUCUUACUCUUUCCUGAUUUAGCAGGCUCCCCUUUCUAUUUCACUUUCAUUUUCAGCAUUUUAGCCUUUCUCUACUUCUUCUACAAGACUUGGGCAACUGAUCCAGGUUUCACUAAGACUUCUGAAGAAGAAAGGAAAGUGAAUAUCAUCACCCUUGCAGAAACUGGCUGUCUGGACUUCAGAACGUUUUGUACAUCCUGCCUUAUAAGGAAGCCAUUAAGGUCACUCCACUGCCAUGUGUGCAACUCCUGUGUGGCUCGAUACGAUCAACACUGCCUGUGGACUGGCCGAUGCAUAGGUUUUGGCAACCAUCACUAUUACAUAUUCUUCUUGUUUUUCCUUUCCAUGGUAUGUGACUGGAUCAUAUAUGGAUCUUUCAUCUAUUGGUCAAAUCAUUGUGCCACAACAUUCAGAGAAGAUGGACUAUGGACCUACCUCAGUCAGAUUGUGGCCUGUUCUCCUUGGGUUGUGUAUAUCUUCCUGCUAGCAACUUUCCAUUUCUCAUGGUCAACAUUAUUAAUAAAUCAGCUCUUUCAGAUUGCUUUCCUGGGCCUGACUUCCCAUGAGAGAAUCAGCCUGCUAAAGCAAAGCAGGCAUAUGAAACAGCCCUUGUCCCUCAGGAAGACGCCAUACAACCUUGGAUUCGCACAGAACCUGGCAGAUUUCUUUCACUGUGGCUGCUUUGGCCUGGUGAAGCCGGUGCGCAGUAGAUGGACGUCACAGUACACGAUGGUCUUUCACCCGGCCAAAGAGAAAGUUCUUCGCUCAGUUGAGGAAAAGCAACCCGAAACCGUCACCUUUGAUCUGUUUUUUGUUUAUGCUAAUGCACUGAAAGUGAAGAUUUAG